AAGAAGAAGGACUCUUUUCAUUAAAAAAAAAUUAAACAGUAGAAUUUUAUUUGUCGUCGGUUUGAAAAUUUCACCUUUUAUAAACGUUACUGUUAUGUCGGUGUCUGUGGAAGAGGUAUCAUCCUCUCUUGUGCGGGAAUAUCUGAGUCGAAAGGGACUGAAGAGGACUAUUUGCUGCAUGGAUGAGGAGCAUCCACGCACAGAGGCCAGUAUCAACAACAGAUCUCAGCUGAGACAAAUCCUUCACAUGGACAGUCUCUACAGAAACAAUAAGGCUCAGAAAUCCUCAUUGAAGACGUUACUGGAGAUCAUUGUAAAGCAUCACAUUGAAAGCCAUAAGAAUGGCAUGAUAUCCUGCAGUGAAAGCGAAGCUUCACAAUCUGCUCCAAAUGCUGUCGUAUCUGCUAGGAUAGGAGACUCCGGGACAGACGAUAAAACAAAAGGGUUUGACUAUAAACCCUUCAACAUAAGGUCACAUACAGAGGAAACCAGCCCUUCUCAGCCCUCAUUACUGUUGGCUGAAACAAAUAGACUCCCCACUUUUAAUCAGAUGGGUUCCUGGUCUUACAACUUAGAAAACAAAAAGCCGGAGCCAGUGAUGGAUGUGCCAAAGAUAAACGAGAGCUUCCCUUUGUCAGAAAUGGAAAAAAGAAUAACACUUGCAGAGAGUUCUCAGAAGAACAGAAACCACUGUAUGAGACGUGGCAUGAUGGCUGGACCAACAGCUCAUACUCCCCAGGAAUCAAAUAAAAUAAGACAAACUCGAAGGAUGGACACCCAUCAGCCACUGUUCAGUAAAGAGGAAGAAUUCAGGCAAUCUAGACGUAUGCAGCAAAAAUGUUUAGAGACUGAUGUGCCCAGACUGAUGUGCCCAGCUGACUAUGUAGGAGACCAACAGAAGUUGGAAAGUGUAUCUGACAUAUUGAAGCCAAGAAAAGAUUUGAAUGAGAUGGUUUUAGAUGAUGUUGAUGCUGAUGAGCUGCAGGAGCUUUCCAGAGUGUCUUUUCAGAGAGUCAUGACUAAAGAGAAAUAUGCGAGCUGCCCUAUGGACCUGCACACAGCCAUGAAAUUGAAAAUCAUUCUCCUUGGAUCCAGCUUAUCUUGUUUCAAUCUUGAAUGGAGGAAUCAAGGUUUCGCAUUCUCAGAAACGCAUGAGUUGAGAUAUGGCAUUGUGCAGAAAAAGGGUGGUCCAUGUGGCGUGUUGGCAUCCAUCCAAGCUUUCAUUUUAAAGAAGCUCCUUUUUGAAAAUGUGGAAAGCAGCAACACUGGCCUUCAGAGGCUCAGACCCUCGAACACCGCCAGGAGAAAGUGUCUUAUUUUAGCUAUGGCUGAAAUUCUGUGGAGAGCUGGAGACCAGAAACAAGCCACGGUUGCAAUAAAUUCAGGAAAAAAUCACUUCUUCCCAGCUGGACAUUACAAAUCUGAAGGAGUGUUUGAAAAGAUAAUAUCCUUCACUGUGGAUAACAUUGAGGACCUUCAGUUUAUUCUGGAGCUACAUAUUGAGCAGUUUGAGUCAGGGAUGUUGGCGUGCAUACUUCUAAGUAUAUCUGCUAUUCUCUCUCGAUCAGUUGAAAAAGUAAGAGAAGAUAUGGACGUUCCCUCCUCCACACUCAUAGGCGCCCAUGGCUACUGCACUCAGGAGCUGGUCAACUUGUUGUUAUGUGGCCGAGCAGUUUCUAAUGUUUUUGACAAUGACGUGGAGUUGGACUCAGGAAAGGGCAACAAAACGCUGCUUAAGGGAAUCAAAGACCAGUGUGACAUUGGCCUGCUGUCAUUGUUUGAACAUUAUAAUAUCUGUAAGGUAGGAGCAUUCCUGAAGACUCCCAGUUUCCCCAUCUGGGUGGUGUGCAGUGAAAGUCACUUCAGUGUGCUAUUUGGCCUUCAGAGGGAGCUGUUGACCAACAGUGACAGAGCUGUAGAGUUUGACCUUUAUUAUUAUGAUGGACUGGCCAAUCAGCAAGAGGAGAUCCGCCUCACUGUCUCUGUUGGUGCGUCAGCUGUGUGCAAUCAAGAUGUUGAUCCUGAUCUAAUUCCUCCUCUGGAACACUGCAUCCGAACACGGUGGAAGGAUGCUUUUAUCAGUUGGAAUGACACGGAGCCCAUUCUUUGACUGCCCACAUUACUUCGUGUGUGUGUGUGUGUGUGUGUGUGUGUUGUCUUGAUCUAACAAUUUAA